GAACCAUCAUGCACUAUAGCAGGGUCAUGAAUAUGAAAAAACUUCAUGGGAUUCAGUCAUCAGUAAUGUUAUUAAAUGUGCUUUUCCUGUUUUGACAUGUCAAAAUGUCUGCCGUGAAAAAAGUAAAUAGCAUGGAUGUAUUAUAAGAACUUAGUCUAAAUAAGGUCUAUGGUCCUUAUGUGCUGUGGAGUUUUUGAUCUCUAGUGAAGCUUUGGAGGACGUACAUGCACAUGCAGGUACAUGCAGGUGACAUGAUACAGGGAGAGGUAACUGUGCCAAAGAUAUGCAGCAAGUGCGCCAACAAAGGCAAAGAAGAAGAAAACUGCCAGUCUGAACCAUAACAGUGCCCUGCUGUGUUACUGGUGUAUCCACAAAGCCCUUGACUGGGACGACAUAAACCUCAUCUAAAGAGUCUUACAUCACUGCUAUCUGAGAAGACAUCUACCAUCACAGUCUUUGGCUCCAUCUGGUGCUAAGUUAACUGGACUGCAAGAGGCAAAAGCUGCAGGAUUGUAAUGACUGGGUGCAACCAAAGUUCAGUGUUAUUUAUCAUUUUCUUCUAAAUAAAGUAGGUGCUUUUCAUUGCAUUCCUGAGAAUUGAAAUGCUUGUGUGAUGUUUGUGAUGUUACAGUGACCGUUUUCACCAAACAGGCCAGCCAAUAAUGAAAUCAUAAAAUGAAAAUAAACAUUAUUAUUUAUGUAACCUUUGUAUGUUACGACUGCUUCAACACUAUUCUCAAAUUAAGAGUCGAACUUGCUAAUUUCUUACUUCAUAAACACAUUAACGUUUUUUAAUACACCACCGCAAAUAGUUUCCUUCUCUGUUUACUUUGUAAUGCUGUUGAUCGCCUGUUAGUGUAUUGUAAAUUGUAAUUUACUAUUUUUAUACUUACCAACAUCAAACCAUCGACUUAUUGUAUAAAUCUAGUGACUGAAAUAUCUAUUGUUGGGUGUCUUGAAUAAAACACUUUGUGAUAGAUGCAAAGCAAAGUUAAUUGAAAUAUUGUCUUGUUUGCAUGCUUCAUUGUAGUGUAAAGUUAGACUCUAGACUACAUCUACAUUUACGAUAGUACAUUAAUUUUGUGUAACACACAUUUUUUUUCCACAUCUGUAAAACCGAAAACGCUUUAUUUUUGGCAACAAGUCCAUGAUUUCCACCUUAGGACGUUUCCUUCAAGUAUCUUUUUGAUUGAGUACUAAUGAUGUGGAAAAGGGAGACAACGGGCUAUUCCUUAAGAGUUGUUUAAGUGCCGUCAAAUUAAUUCAAUAUUUCUUCAAAAGAACUGACCAUUUUAAAAUGUUCAACUGACUCUGUUCUGACAAAAAUAGGCUCUACAGGUUACACUGGCAUUUUUCCUAUAAUUAGUAAGUUAGUUGCUAAAAUGUUACUGUUACGGUUUUUUAUUGUUUGACAGUAUCAUCAUUUUAUACCACCUCCUUUUGUAAUGCAACAACGAUCACAUUUUAAUGAGUCAAAUGUUGAUGCUCUGAUAACUUGAUACAAUAGUUUUCAUUUUGUAUGAACGAUUUGAUAUUUGAGAAUUAGGAGCCUAGUGUUGAUCACUAACUACUGUAAUAGCUAAAGAACAGAGAAAGUUAAUGUAAAGGGACAGCAUGACAGUUUUGCCAUCUCAAACAAAACAUGAUAUUAAUAAUAUGAUAUUAUUUAGCUUCAGUAAAUGUAGCAAAACCACAGAACACACCAUUAUAACUUAAUUUCUGUCAUUCAAAUUUUUUAUUUAAGUAACUUUAAGUGAGUAAAGCAAGGUAAAUAUAAUGUCAGCAAACUGGCCUUAAGUAUUGAAAGUAACGGUACUCAUGAAUAACUGCAUUUAAAGUGUUAAAUUAUUGAUGUAGCCUAUUGAAUCCAAGCAGCAUUUUAAUAUUGUAGCUGGGUCAGCUGCUGUCUAGUCUGACUAUUGCUUUUUAAUUGUUUAAUCUGUGGCAAUGCAUCAGAUUUUCAUAAGUUUAUCAUAUGUUUUGUUAAGUUUUUAUCUGCAAAGUGACUUACUACAGAUAUACAGUAAAUAUAAAAAAGUACAUAUUGCCCAUUUAAAUGUAGCCAAUAAGGUUUCACAAAAAAAGGAAAGCAUCAAUCACGAUGUGACAUGUGACGCAAAUGGCUCUGGAUUUACUAUUUUUAUUUUUCAUGCAUAAGUGGGCUACAAAUGAUCAAAAAGGAUGCACGACUCAUUAGCUAUAAUAUAUUUAUAAUUGCGUUGGUGUCUUUCUAUAGCUACGUAUGGCGUAAAAGUAAUACUUGAUGAUACAUGACUUCACAGCAGGCCUACAUACAUGCUUAUUAAAACUUGCAUGUCAUCAUUCAUGUCGUUUCUUGUAUGUUUGUUUGCUGUUGCUUUGAGACGUCAUUUCAACGUGUUUUACAUCGACAGCAGACGAACGUUCUGCUUUGUGACGAAAGAUGGUUAUGACGCUGUUAGAAUCAACCCGGAGCUUUGAUGGUCAGGCUUGCCAAAAGCCUUACCAUUCCGUUGCAGGAUUUCAAGACAUUAGUCAAGUUCGUUUCUGGCACUUUAGGAGAGAUGUUGAGAAGAAGUAUUCGCCUGCAGGAAGCAGGAUAUUAUACAGAGGAGGGAACACCAUCUGUGUCGUAUAAGGAGAUUUUAUACAGGAUCUUUCGUAGGAGGAAAAGUCCCAAUGGGGUUCAGCAUGACCUUGUGGGUGACUUUACACCAGACCAUCAGGAUAUUUCUAACUAUGUAGAUAUGUUAGAAAACGAGGAGAACAUUCCCCAGAUACAUCAGCCUACUACUCAUCACCGUGGGAUUCAAGCGACUGACACCUGGGCGACUGAGACCACGACAACCCGUUGGAGGACCACUUGGAAAACUCUUAGGAAAGGAGGAAACAACGGCAGAACAUCGCGCAAGUUUUCCCUCAGGAUCAUCUGCAGCUUCAUCCUUUUUCUCCUUCUUGCUUUUGGAAUAACAAACUACAUACAACUUCAUAGUGAAAUUAGAGAACUACAGCAGGAGUUACAUUCACUUCAGCACCAAGUGAAUAUGUUCCUUCCUCAGGCACAUGACAUACCUAACUUUGCUUUAGAGUCACAGGGUGCCAGAGUUUUAGGUGACAAGUCUUCAGAUACGUAUUGGCCACAGGAAAACAUUGGAAUACUAUGGGACAGGCUAUUUUCCUCGUGGUAUUCUUUCACAACACAAAGACAAGUGAUCCAAGGACACACGUCUUUACAUCCGGGGAAGUGCUGGUCCUUUUCAGGGGAACAGGGACAUUUAUUUGUCUUCCUGUCUCACCCGAUCUAUGUCACUCACGUUACACUUGGCCACAUAAGGGCAAGCCAGUCCCCCAGCGGCAUCAUCGCAAGCGCGCCAAGGAAGUUCUCCCUCCAUGGAAUGACGACAGAAGAUGACGAAGGAACCUACUUGGGGACCUGGGUUUAUGAUCGGGAUGGCGUGUCGUUCCAGACCUUCAAACUGGCGGAUCCAGACGUAGGAGUUUUUAGAUAUGUUAAGUUGCAGGUAGAGAACAAUUGGGGUAACAUAGACAACACCUGUGUAUAUAGCUUUAGGGUUCAUGGGAAACUCCCUGCCUAACUGUACUUUCACUUGGCUUGGAGAGAGGUUUUUAUGUAAAUAUCUUAAAAUAUAUCUUAAAUUAUAUAAAUUGUAAUUUUA